GCCUGCUCACGUUCAGCUGCGCCCAUCUAGAGGAUAGAGCGAACAGAAAAAAUACCGUUCCCUGCCCAAAACUGGAUAUCUCACAACGGGAGCCAUAAUUAAUCCAUUCUGGAUGUACAGAAGCCACUCUGUCUCUGUAUGGAAAAAUCGCUUGCUUGUGAAAACAUUGAUGCUUCUGUAGUGGAACGUAGACUACUUUUGGGGACAGUAUGUUCAACUUGAUGAAAAAAGACAAGGAGAAGGAUGGCGUCAGGAAGGAGAAAAAAGACAAGAGAGACCGGAGGGAACGGAUGUCAGCAGCUGAGCUCCGAAGCCUGGAUGAGAUGAGCAUGAGGCGGGGUUUCUUCAACCUCAACCGGAGCUCCAAACGGGACUCCAAGAACAAGUUGGAGAUCUCGAAUCCGAUACCUAUUAAAGUCGCCAGCAGCACUGAGCUCAACCUGACCGACAUAGAGUCGGAUGGCCUCAGUAACCGCAGCAGCAUGGUCCUGGAUGCAGAUCAGCUCAGCGCGGCCAGUUCCAGUGACGAUCUGAAGGGCGAUUACGGCCAAGAUGGCCACCGGAGCUCUGUCAAGGAGCGGGCGGCUAGGUUCGGCUCCCUCGCCAUUCAGAACUCGCAAAUGGGUUCCAUCAUGAAGCGAUUCUCCUUUUCUCAGAGGAAUAAAGAAGAAAGUCCAUCCGAAGGUUCCACACCUUCUGGGCAGAACUCGGCUGCCCCGUCUCCACAGGUAGAAACCAAGAUCUUUGACCCCCAACGUAAGCCAAGUCUCCAGCAUCAUCAGCAACAGCCUUCUACUGGGAAAAAGGUGCAGAUUCCUGAGAUUGUGGAUAAGACAUUUCCAGCAGACCUCCGCUUGCCUGCUGUUGUGCCACCGCAGACGCCUGAAGUUCGGGAGCUGGUUCUUCAGAGGCGGAACACUGGGGAUUUUGGGUUCUCCUUGCGGCGCACCACCAUGUUGGACCGUGGCACGGAUGGAGGGGUAUAUCGCAGAGUGGUCCACUUUGCGGAACCAGGUGCUGGUACCAAGGACCUGGCUCUUGGUUUGGUUCCCGGAGACCGGCUGGUGGAGAUCAAUGGGCGAAAUGUGGAGAACAAGAACAGGGAUGAGAUCGUGGAGAUGAUUCGGCAAUCAGGUGACACGGUUCGGCUGAAAGUUCAGCCCAUCCUGGAGCUAAGCGAGCUGAAUCGAUGCUGGCUGAGGAACACCGAAGGGCUGCGGCGGGAAGCAUUUGACGUGAAAACAGAAGAGCAGAUAGCUGCAGAGCAAGCAUGGUACGGUUCGGAGAAAGUGUGGCUGGUCCACAAGAAUGGAUUCUCUCUGGCCACUGUGGUGAAGACAGAGACUGGCAGUCUACCAGAGGGGAAAGUGAAAAUCAAACUGGAGCAUGAUGGGACAGUACUGGACGUGGAUGAGGAUGACAUAGAGAAGGCGAACCCCCCAUCAUUUGACCGCUGUGAGGACUUGGCAGCUCUGCUCUACCUGAAUGAGACCAGUGUCAUGCAUUCCUUGCGCCAGCGCUAUGGAGGAAAUCUCAUCCACACAUAUGCAGGGCCCAACAUGGUGAUCAUCAACCCUACCAGCGCCCCCUCAAUGUACUCAGAGAAGGUGAUGCACAUGUUCAAAGGCUGUCGAAGAGAAGACACAGCCCCUCAUAUAUAUGGAGUAUCCCAGUCCGCCUACCGAAACCUUUUGACAACGCGACAGGACCAGUCCAUCGUGCUGCUGGGAAAGAGUGGCAGUGGCAAGACCACAAACUGCCAGCAUUUAGUCCAGUACCUGGUGUCCAUCGCUGGCAGCACUGGAAAGAUCUUUACUGCUGAGAAAUGGCAAGCGGUCUACACAAUCUUAGAGGCCUUUGGAAACAGUGCCACCUCCAUGAACAAUAAUGCAAGCCGCUUCUCCCAAAUCGUCUCACUGGAUUUUGACCAGGCUGGUCAGGUGGCCUCAGCCUCCAUUCAGACCAUGCUGCUGGAGAAGCUGAGAGUGGUGAAACGACCAGAGACUGAGUCCACUUUUAAUGUUUUUUAUUACAUGAUGGCUGGAGCUGACAGCACACUUAGAACGGAGUUGCAUUUUAACCACUUUGCAGAGAACAGUGCUUUUGGGAUUGUGCCUCAAACUAAGUCUGAGGACAAGCAAAAGGCAUCACAACAGUUCACUAAACUGCAGGCAGCUAUGAAGGUGUUGGGCAUCUCUUCUGAUGAACAGAAAGCUCUGUGGCUCAUCCUUGGAGCCAUAUACCACCUUGGAGCUGCAGGGGCCACAAAAGAGGCUGAUGAAGUGGGCCGGAAGCAAUUUGCACGUCACGAGUGGGCACAGAAGGCAGCUUACCUCUUGGGUUGCACCCUAGAAGAGCUCUCGUCGUCUAUUUUCAAACACCAGCCCAAAGGAACCUUACAGAGAUCCACCUCAUUCCGCCAGGGACCAGAUGAUGUUGGGACAGGAGACAACUCGGCUCCAAAGAUCACAGCUCUGGAGUGUCUGGAGGCCAUGGCUGCUGGACUCUUCUCUGAACCUAUCGAAAACAUAGAGCUUGCGUUAGAUGACAUAGAGUCCAGUACAUCACUGUCUGUAUCAGCUAUAGACCAAGCCUCCACUCAAGCAUUGGUACGGACUUUGGCCAGGACAGAUGAGGCGAGGGGCCUGCUGUGGCUGAUGGAGGAAGAAGCUCUGCAGCCCGGGGGCUCGGAGGAAACUCUACUGGAGAGACUCUUCAGUUAUUACAGCCCUGUGGAUGGAGAGAGCAAAGGCCCUGCCCUGCUGCUGAAGAGUGAGAAGGCACAUCACUUCCUGUUGGGUCACAGCCAUGGGACUGACUGGGUGGAGUAUGAUGCUAGCGGCUGGUUGAGCCAUGCCAAACAGAAUCCUGCCUCUCAGAAUGCAGCCAUUUUACUGCAGGACUCUCAGAAGAAGAAUAUCAGCAGCUUGUUUAUGGGGCGUUCAGGGGGUGCCACAGUUUUGUCAGGCUCUAUUGCUGGGCUUGAGGGUGGAUCACAGUUGGCCCUGCGCAGGGCCACAAGCAUGAGAAAGACCUUCACCACUGGCGUGGCCGCUGUUAAAAAGAAGUCCCUCUGCAUCCAGAUUAAACUGCAAGUGGAUGCGCUGAUAGACACUGUGCGGCGAUCCAGGGUGCACUUUGUGCACUGUUUGCUGCCUAAAACUGAGACUUCGGCUGGGGAUUUGAAGGUGCUGGGAGGACCCUCAUCUCGGUUUGGGGAGAUAGUGGCACACGGAGAAAGCUGUGACAAUGGCCUCAUGCAGCUGGAUGUGUGCUUGCUCCGGGCACAGCUGCGCGGUUCCAAACUGCUCGACGCCCUGCGUAUCUACCGCCAAGGUUAUCCCGAUCAUUUGGUCUUUUCGGAGUUCCGUCGCCGCUUUGAUGUGCUGACUCCCCACCUGACAAAGAAACAUGGGCGGAACUACAUCGUAACCGAUGAGAGAAGGGCUGUCGAAGAGCUGCUGGAGUCUCUUGAGCUGGAAAAAAGCAGUUAUCACAUGGGCUUGAGCAGGGUGUUCUUCAGGGCAGGUGUUUUGGCUAAGCUAGAGGAGCACAGAGAUAUCCAGACCAGACGCAACAUCACCCUGUUUCAGGCAGCGUGCAGGGGCUACUUGGCCCGACAAGCCUUCAAGAAGAGGAAGCUCUUCACCACCGUCCGUCCUCUCAUCGAGGUUCAGCUUACAGAGGAACAGAUCCGUGGCAAAGACGAGGAAAUUCAGCAACUCAAGUUGAAGCUGGAGAAAGUGGAGAAGGAGAGGAAUGAGUUGAGACUCAAUAGUGACCGACUGGAAAGCAAGAUCACAGAACUCUCGUCAGAGCUCGCCGAUGAGCGCAACACGGGCGAAUCCGCCUCGCAGCUGCUGGAGUCCGAGACCUCGGAGAGACUGAGGCUCGAGAAAGACAUGAAGGAUCUACAGGCCAAGUUUGACGCUAUGAAGAAGCAGAUGGAAUCUAUGGAGAUGGAGGUGAUGGAGGCACGACUCAUACGGGCAUCAGAGCUCAACGGGGAAAUGGACGACGAUGACACUGGAGGAGAAUGGAGGCUCAAGUAUGAGAGAGCCAUCAGAGAGAUCGAGUUUACCAAGAAGAGACUCCAGCAAGAGUUCGAUGACAAACUAGAGGUGGAGCAGCAAAACAAGAGGCAGCUGGAGAGAAAGCUGACAGACCUGCAGGCGGACAAUGAAGAGGUGCAGCGCGUGGCGCAGCAGCUGAAGAAGAAAUGUCAGAGACUGACAGCCGAGCUGCAGGACACCAAACUGCACCUGGAGGGGCAGCAGAGCCGCAACCACGACCUGGAGAAAAAACAGCGAAAGUUUGACUCAGAGCAGACUCAGGCUCAGGAGGAGGUGCAGAGAGAGAAGAGUCAGCGGGAGAAACUGAGCAGAGAGAAAGACAUGCUGACUGGGGAAGUGUUUAGCCUUAGACAACAACUGGAGGAUAAGGAUCUGGAGAUAUGUGCUGUCAAUCUGAAGCUCGAGCAAAUGGAGGCAGAGCUUCAAGAUCUGAACUCACAGGAGACAAAGGAUGAAGCAUCACUGGCCAAGGUUAAAAAGCAGCUUCGUGACCUUGAGGCAAAGGUCAAAGAUCAAGAAGAAGAGCUUGAUGAACAGGCUGGAACCAUUCAGAUGCUGGAGCAGGCCAAGCUCCGUCUGGAGAUGGAGAUGGAGAGACUGAGACAGACGCAUUCGAAAGAGAUAGAGAGAUAUAUAUGUGAAUACGACGAGGUGGAGGAGAUCAGACAGUCCUGCAGCAAGAAGCUCAAGCAAAUGGAGGUGCAGCUGGAGGAGGAGUAUGAAGAGAAGCAGAAGGUCUUGCGGGAGAGGAGAGACCUGGAAGCCAAGCUGAUGAGCGCUCAAGACCAGGUGAGCCACAGAGAUGUGGAAACAGAAAAGCGUCUGAGGAAGGACCUGAAGCGCACAAAGGCCUUGUUGGCUGAUGCCCAGAUCAUGCUGGAUCACCUGAAGAACAAUGCUCCCAGCAAGAGAGAGAUCGCUCAGCUCAAGAACCAGCUCGAGGAAUCAGAGUUCACAUGUGCUGCUGCAGUCAAAGCCCGAAAGUCAAUGGAAGUGGAGAUCGAGGACCUCCAUGUCCAAAUGGAUGACAUAUCUAAAUCCAAGCAGGCGCUUGAGGAGCAGCUGAGUCGAUUGCAGAGGGAGAAGAAUGACCUGCAGUCUCGCAUGGAGGAGGAUCUGGAGGACAUAAACGAACUCAUGAAGAAACACAAAGCCGCUGUUGCCCAGUCCACACAGAACCUGGCCCAGAUCAGUGACCUGCAGGCCCAGCUGGAGGAGGCCUUGAAGGAGAAACAGAACGUCCAGGAGAAGCUCACAGCCCUGCAGAGUCAGCUAGAGUUCCAAGAGCAGUCCAUGGUGGACAAGUCUCUGGUCAGCCGGCAGGAGGCCAAGAUCCGUGAGCUGGAGACCAAGCUGGAGUUCGAGAAGACACAGGUCAAACGCUUGGAGAGCCUUGUAGCGAGGCUGAAAGAGAAUCUCGAGAAGUUGACUGAGGAACGAGACCAACGCAGUGCCAGUGAGAACCGGGAGAAAGAGCAGAACAAGCGCCUCCUGAGGCAGAUCCGAGACGUCAAGGAGGAGAUGGCCGAGCUGGCCAAGAAGGAAGCGGAAGCCAGCCGCAAGAAACACGAGCUGGAAAUGGAUAUUGAGAGUUUGGAAGCGGCCAACCAGAGUCUCCAGGCGGAUCUCAAGCUGGCCUUCAAGAGGAUCGGAGACCUCCAGGCUGCUAUUGAGGAUGAGAUGGAGAGUGAUGACAAUGAGGAUCUCAUCAACAGUUUACAAGACAUGGUGACUAAGUACCAGAAACGAAAGAACAAGAUCGAGGGCGCCUCUGAUACCGACUCUGAGGUGGAGGGCCGCGUUGACGGGGUGAAGUCAUGGCUGUCCAAAAACAAGGGCUCUGCCAAGAACCUGUCAGAUGAUGGUAGUCUGAAGAGCUCAAGAUUUGCUGUAAAUGUUGACAGAAAGGAGGGAAAAGAGUGGGAAGAGGGUAAAGAAAGGAAAGACAGUGGCAAAGGUAAAGAGUUAGAACACAGCAGGCCUGUGUCUGUCAUGAGUUCCCUCAGCUACAGGAAACGCUCCAACAUGAAGGACUCCAUAGGAGGUAAGGGAGACGAAAGUUCGCUCCUCAACACCCUCAAAGAACAAUCUGAUUCCCAGGACCUCUCCUCCUUCCGCAAGAACAAAGCCAAGCAGGAAGCUGAGGAUGACUCCUAUUCUGUCAACUCCUGGAGGAAGGCAGGAGAUGAUCUUGACGAUCACGGUUCUGUCAUCUCUCAGGCCUACUCGGAAGCGGCUAGUCGGGCAAGGAAGGGCAUGGACAGCCGCUGGUCUGAGUUUGAUAAGGAGUCCGUUGUGUCCUCUGUAGCCCCGAGCCGGGUUUCCACCUGCCGUACUGCGAUGGACCUAGAUGAUGAUGCUAUUUCCAGUGUGAGUCGCAUGAGUUCAGUAAGCCGGCGUCUGAGCAUGCCUCGUCUUGAUGAUCGCCAGAAUGAAUACGGUUCACCCAUCAGCCCCAGCCUGAGUCGGCGCAGCCCAGGAAGCGUGAGCCGUGCCGACUCCCGCAUGUCGCUGUCUCGCAGCUGUCACCUCAGUGAAUUUGACAUGGACGAUGAUGCCCGAAGCACAGCAUUCAGCGAGGCUCGCUCCAGUGCUUACAGCCCUCACUCCACCUCCGGCCGAAGCUUCUCCAUGCCUCCGCAAGCCCGGACCACUGACUCCAGCCCGCCUGACAUCUCGGACGUCAAGCCGGUCAGUCACCGCAACUACCUGGACCCUGACCUGGAGGCCGCAAUUAAUGAAGUGUUAAGCUUCAAACCUAUCAAGUUCAAGCGCACCAGCUUGGAAGAGUCUGAAGCGGAGAAAGAUAAGCAAGGUGAAGAGGAGGAUGACCGGAUGAGCGUCAGCAGCUCCAGGAUCAGCAGAGACAGUGGCCGCUCUUCCAGCUUGCGCCGCUCUGCUUCAGCCGUGGACUUCAUGCGUUCCAGCAGUAGCCUCAGCUCCCGCAGCAAGAAGGGCAAGAGCAAGAAGAAGAAGAAGAAGAGAAGCCACAGCUCAGAAUCAGACAGCUCUGACGAUGACCGCAAGAAGAAGAGCUCCAAGAAGAAGAGGAAGAAGUCCAAGAAGAAGUCCAAGAAAGAGUCUUCGUCGUCUUCCUCAUCCUCGGAGUCUGAGUCUAGCACAGAGUCGGACUCCAGUUCAGGAGCGUCCACUAUUUCUUACAGAAGCUCCAGCAGUAUCAAGAAAGCCCCUGGCAGGCAGGCCUCAGGCUCUGAGGAAGAGCUGGAGCCCGAAGGCCCCUCUGAAGGAACUCCCCCCGUGUCUAAGAAAGAGAAGAAGAGGAAGAAGAAAGUAGACAAUCUUAUGAUGAAGUACCUGUACAGGCCUGACAGUGACUAAAGAUGGCACCCAUCCUCCAGUCGCAGACGCUUCUGCCUUGACAGAUCUGACGAGGAAGAGGAAGAAGA